GUAAAUAAUAAAUUUCCACUCUAAAAUUAAGUCCAACCUUGAGACAACAACUUAAAGUAUUUUCUUCAAGUCAAAGAUCGAGAUAUGGUUUCCAUCUUGUUCAUAGCAAAAGUAUUAUUGGUCCUUAAUCUUUUCAGUUUCGGAAAACCUUUAAAGAAGAGGCAUCACAAACACCUGGUCGAUGAGGCGAGGAAGGGAGAUUCACCUACAAAGCGACAAUAUCUGUAUAGCCCUUACCGACACAUGCUACAUCAUUACUUAAGGACAGAUGGACGCAAUCCCUACGCACGGCCAUUCUACUAUUACAAAACAGGCGCUCACAGACGUCAGUCACUGCCAGGGGUCCAUCCACUAAAGAGCUUCCUUAGUAAUCCUUACAACUAUGAAGGAAAACUGACUUCAAAUUUGCCAAAGUAUCGCAUGUAUGCUGCUGAGAUGGCGAACCCAAAAGCUCACUUUGACAGCCCAAAAACCCGUCCACUGAACAUACGAACGACUUAUAAAGCAGGUGUUCCACUGCAAUCUCACCCUUCAGCCAUUUCCAAGGCAGGUUUCUCAAUGGAUGAACCAUCCGCGUCUGGAGAACAGCCGAACAGCGCCGACAUGAAACAAGGAAGUUUUAAGAUAGAUGAUGUAUCAGUAAAAGGUUUUGGGACAUAUCAGGUUAAGGGUGAUCAAGUUGAAGUAGACAUUAACAUUAGAAUCACACCUGAGGAAGGAGGUCAUACUGGAUCAGGGGGAGGCAGUGGGGAAGCUAAACCAACACCUGGGGGUGGUGGAGAAACUAAGCCAACAUCAGCACCAAGUGCUGCAGAGAGCACAAACCCACAAGGAGGUGAAGUCAAGCCAACAUCACCAAGUAGCGGCGGUGAACAAAGUACCACAUCAAGUAGCGGCGCUACUACACUAACACCAUCAGCGGGGGGAAAUGAAGAUGUCUCUGCAUUUGAACAAGAAGCACUCAAAGCGCACAAUGAUUACCGCGCACGCCACGAUGCUCCACCUAUGACACUCAACAAAGAAAUGAAUAAAGAGGCUGCUGAGUGGGCAGAGGAAUUAGGAGCUAACGAAAAGUUUGAACAUUCUCCGAGUGACAAGAGGAAAAAUCAAGGUGAAAAUAUUGCUGCUUGGUGCGACGCUAAAGGAGAAACUGCUACACAAGUUACUAAAAGAUG